AAGCCAGAAGUCGGGUCGGAGGAAUGGCACAGGAUUCGCCGCGAUAACCACAAGGAGGUGGAACGCCGUCGCCGAGAGACCAUCAACGAAGGCAUCAAUGAGCUGUCCAAGAUCGUCCCAGGCUGCGAGAAGAACAAGGGCUCCAUCCUUCAACGCGCGGUCCAAUACAUCCAACAGCUCAGAGAUGCCGAGCAGCAGAAUAUCGAGAAAUGGACUCUCGAAAAGCUCCUCACCGAGCAAGCCCUCGCGGAACUCUCAUCAACCGUCGACCGUCUCAAGACCGACAACGAGCGU